AUGGCAGGUAUUGAUAAUGAAGUUCUUAUUAUUGAGAACAAUGAUGAGGCUUCUGUUUGGACUCAAAGGCAUGAAGAAAUUUUCAUCGAACUUAUGGAAGAAGAAGUUUUAAAGGGAAAUAAGAAAACCACAACAUUUACAAAGCAAUCAUGGAAAUAUAUAAAGGAAGAGCUUUGUGCACGAGCAAGAAGAAAUUAUAGUGAUAUGCAACUAAGGAACAAAUACAAUCAAUUAAAGCAAAAGCAUAAGGAGUUUAAGUCUUUACUGAAAGAGAAUGGCAUGGGAUAUAAUGCAGUGACUGGAGAAGUUAGUGCGACUGAUGAAGUUUGGGAUAAACUUAUUCGGGUUAACAAGUCUGCUAAAAGAUUUAGAAAGAAAGGUUGUAAGUUUUAUGAGAAAUUAUGCACUAUCUUUGGUGCUACUACUGCAACUGGUUCCAAUGCUCAUCCUUCAACUCUAAGUCCUUCUAAUGAUGGAGAUACUAAUGAUGAUGAUGCAACUUCGAUAAUUUCCUUCUACUAG